GCGGGUAACGUAAUAGACAAUACGAUCGACAAUGAAAACGUAAAAUAGUAUUGCAGUUCUGAAGUAAAUUAUAAAUUGUAAAUUAAGCAGUUGGUAUUUACUAGCGUUUUCCGCCCGUAUCAUUCGCAAUGAUUGAAAUGGUGCUAUCAAUUUUGUGGUCCCAAUGGACAUGGCUUGUUGGAGUGUCAACAGUCCUGGCCUAUAAAUGGUUAACGGCCAAUCAGGACUUUUUCGAAAAAAGGAACGUGCCACACGAAAAACUAACAGUUUUGUUUAUAAGCACAAUAAAAAUGAUUCUACGAAAGGAGUCCAUGUUUGAAAUGGUUAAGCGGAUGCACUUGAAAUUUAAAGAUCACGAAUACUAUGGCACAUUUGAGAUUCGCACCCCCGGCCUAAUAAUAGCCAGCCCAGAAAUGAUCAAGCAAAUUACCAUCAAAGACUUCGACCACUUUCUUAAUCACCGAGUUAUCUUAGAUGCUGAAGAUGAACCACUCUUCGGUAAUACUCUGUUCUCACUAAAGGAUCAAAAGUGGAAGGAAAUGAGAGCUACGGUGAGUCCUGCUUUUACUGGAAGCAAGAUGCGCAUGAUGUUCCGUUUGAUUGACGAAUGUGCUCGAAAUGCCUGCAAGUAUUUAAAGGGGGAGUCCCAGAAUAAAGGACAUAUUGAAAUGGAUUUAAAGGACUAUUUCACACGCUACACUAAUGAUGUGGUUGCGACAUGCGCUUUUGGAAUUCAGAUAAAUUCGUUCCUGGAAAAGGAUAAUGAGUUCUACCGUAUGGCGAUGAAAGCUACAAAUUUCAUGGGGGUUGCAGUUUUUAAGUUAAUCUUAUUUGUCUGUUUCCACAAAAUUAUGAAGUGGCUCAAGGUCAGACUUUUUGAUGAGAAGUUCUCGAAAUAUUUCCACAAACUAGUUACAGAUACAAUGCAACAAAGAGCUGAAAAAGGAAUUAUUCGGCCAGAUAUGGUAAAUCUUCUUAUGGAAGCUCGUAAGGGAGUUUUACAGGCUUCCAAUACUGGUAAAGCUGAUGCAAAUGAAGGAUUUGCUACGGCUCAAGAAUCGAUAAUAAACCAUAAGCCUGUGAAUCGAAUAUGGACGGAGGAAGAACUGGUGGCUCAAUGCUUUGGAUUCUUCCUUGCUGGGUUCGAGACAUCUUCUAUUCUAAUGUGUUUCUGCGCUCACGAACUGAUGGAGAAUCGUCUUGUUCAGGAAAAACUUAUUGAAGAAAUAGAUGGAGUUCGAAAGGAGCUCGGCAAUGAGCCUUUGACAUAUGAUGCGAUUCAGAAAAUGAAGUAUAUGGACAUGGUCGUAUCUGAGACCUUGCGAAAAUGGCCACCGGCAGUAGCAACUGAUCGAAUCUGUAACAAACCCUAUGUCAUUAGGGGGAAAGAUGGAGGAAGAUACAAAUUGGAACCAGGAGAUAAAAUUGCAAUCCCCAUUGUUGGACUACACUACGACCCUGACAAUUUUCCUAACCCGGAUAAGUUUGAUCCUGAGAGGUUCGGCGAGGGAAACAGAAGUCAUAUAAGACCGUUUACAUACCUUCCUUUCGGGGUUGGCCCAAGAAAUUGCAUUGGCUCCAGGUUUACUUUGAUGGAAGCCAAAGCAAUCAUUUUCCAUUUAUUAUCAGAGUUCACUUUGGAGGCUUCACCGCAGUCUUGCAUCCCAUUAAGAUUGGCAACAUCAGGUUUCGAACUCAAACCAAAAGGUGGGUUUUGGCUGACGUUCAAACCUCGGGACAGAUAAUUUAAUAGCAAGUCCCUGAACACGCAAAGGAUUACAAACGAUUUAAUUAUUUUGAUUGCUGAACACUUUAAUCUACCACAGAAAUAAAAGGAGGAGGGGACAAAGGCUUAAACUCA